AUCAGCCGCUCAGGAUUGCCGGAUUUUUUCCACUCUGCCCACAUGCUGGCCUUGCUGAUAGCCGCUUGCUUGUCAUGGCACCCGUAAAAAUCCUCAAGGUUACGCCUGUGUUUGUGCCUUGUUGUGUUUUGUUUCAUUACUUAGGAAUGAAUUCUCUCAUGUCCGGCCACCCCACAAAGGUUGUCAUCAAUACCACCGUCGCAUCUAAACAACAAUAAUGUCACACCAUGGUUGUGCCAAAUAAAAAAAAAACCAAAAUGCCUCCAGAGUGUUUUCAAAUAAUACCCUCUCUUCUUCUUGAAGUUUAGAACAUGCUGUCUGUGAUUGCCAUCUUUCUAAGCGUCGUUCACUUUUCUACUGCCGUGCUGGGUCACGGGCUAGUCAGAUUUGUGUUGUUCGAUGGAGUGUCAUACAAGGGCUGGCCUGCAAAAAAGCCACUUACCAAUCCUCCCCAAGAACGCAUCGUUCGUGCCAUGCAAACCAACGGGCCCAUCAAGGAUGUAUACUCGCUUCCAAUUGCCUGCAAUGGAAUGAACGCUCCUGCUGCGCUUGUCGCCAACAUAUCAUCGGGCGCGAAUGUGAAAAUCCAGUGGGACUCGUGGCCAUCGAAUCAUAAAGGCCCAAUUACCAAUUACUUGGCAUCCUGUGAAGGAGAUUGCACGACUUUCAAUGCAACUGAUGGCAAGUGGUUCAAGGUUAAUGAGUCGGGAUACGAUAAUAGCACUGGGAAAUGGGCUACAGAAAAACUGAUCGAGAGCAACCAAUCUUAUACCUUUACACUGCCAAAGAAUAUACCUGCUGGGCAGUACCUUCUUCGUCACGAAAUCCUUGCGUUGCACAACACUAGGCAUCCGCAGUAUUACCCCUCCUGCACUCAGAUUAACAUCCUAAAGGGCAGUGGGGGGCUUCCAUCCGGCCAGUACCUCACGAAGUUCCCUGGCGCGUAUAACACGUCAGACCCCGGGUAUAGUUUCAACGUAUACCAACCUUCAAUCCCCUUUUACCCGAUCGAAGGGCCUCCGAUUUCUCCCAAAUUUCUGACCACACAGACCACGACUGCACCUGGUAGCGUGUGCUCACACAAUAGGGGCAAACAUGCUGUGAACUGGCGCCGAAAGAGAGCCACGGCUCAUCUCCAGGGAAAUGCUAGGAACCUACUUGAUGGACUGGCUUCCAAGUCAUAGGGAAUCGAUCCUUGUCGUUUGCGAUGCACUGGCGAGAGAGUCUGAAUGGCUAACACGCGUAUAAAUCUGAUCUUAAUUGCGCAUGUGCCCGAAGGUUUUAGCCACGAUAUAUAGGCAAUAUUUUGUUUACCACUAUAAAUUGAGAUCCUAGGCUCGUACCCAGCCGUUCUGUAUAUCUUAUCAGAACAUCA